AUGGAAAUCCACCCGGAUUUGUCUAAGGGGCUAUUGAAGACGCCGGAUGCUAAAACCGUUUCCACAAACCUUUGGAAGAAAUUGGCUUGCGACCUAAAUGCAGCUGGCCCACCGAUGCGUGAAGUUGCUGGCUCGAAGAAAGUUUGGGCUGAUUACAAGACGCAUUUGAAAGCAAAAAUGCGUCGUAACAAACACAGCAUUUCCGGAACUGGUGGUGGUCGUUCCAAUUACUGCUCACUUACGCAACUGAAACAGAAAGUCAGUGAACUUUUAUCGAUGGAGGAAUCAAUGAGUGGGAUGGUAGGCACACUAGAGUUUGGUGCAGCACAAACAGCAUCGAAUACACACAUCGAAACUUCAGUGGAAGGUAAUACAGGCGAAAGUAAUUCCCUCCAAGAUUAUCAUUGUUCAAAUGUUGAAGCACUUCUCGCAAGAAACAAAACCUUUUAG